AUGGGCCCCUGUACCGCCUCCCCAUGCUGCUGCCAGGCCCGUAAUCUGCCAUGGGCCCCCGUACCGACUCCUCAUGCUGCUGCCAGGCCCGUAAUCUGCCAUGGGCCCCGUACCGCCUCCUCAUGCUGCUGCCAGGUCCAGAGUGUGUCAUGGGUCCCUGUACGGCCUCCCAUUGCUGCUGUCUCUAUCGCCACACUCUGCCAUGUGCCACUUUCAGGUCUCCUCACACUGCUGGUGGUUUCCAUUUUUGUCAUAGGGUGCUGUAUGGCCUCCCAUUGCUGCUGCCUCCACCGCCACACUGUGGCUCCACACUCUGGUUUUGGCCCCGUGACUGCCCAAAUGAGUGAAGUGUGCGGUGAUUCUAAGAUCGACGGCACUCAUCUGCAUGUCAUACUGACUGACAGUAUUAUUUCUCUUCCCCAGCAGACUCCAAGGGCAUUUAAAUUAAAGGUACAGUGUUCAGCACUAAUAUUA